GCUGCGCGCUGGGCCAGGCGGAUGACAUCACCGAGCCGGGGGGCGGGGAGGGAGCGCGGGCCGGAGCGGGCGGGAGCGGACGGGCCUCCUCGGCGCCAGGCGCAGCGCCCGGUCGGGGCUGGGGUCCGGCGGCCGCGGUCAUGACGCAGGGUCCGGGCGGGCGCGCGCCCCCCGCGCCCCCCGCGCCCCCGGAGCCCGAGGCGCCCACCACGUUCUGCGCGCUGCUGCCCCGCAUGCCGCAGUGGAAAUUCGCCGCCCCGGCCGGCUUCCUGGGGCGCGGUCCCGGGGCGCGGGCGGCGGGGGGCGCGGGCGGCGCGGGGGGCGCGGACCCCCAGCCCGAGCCGCCCGGCCCCGCCAGCGUCCCCGCGCUGGCCGCCGCGGUGCUGGGCGCCUGCGAGCCCCGCUGCGCCGCCGCGCCCUGCCCCCUGCCGGCGCUCAGCCGCUGCCGCGCCGCGGGAACCCGGGGGCCGCGGGGGGCGCGGGGGGCGGCCCCGGACGCCGCCGCCGACGAGUGGAUCCGCAAAGGCAGCUUCAUCCACAAGCCCGCGCACGGCUGGCUGCACCCCGACGCCCGGGUCCUGGCGCCGGGGGUCUCCUACAUCGUGCGGUACAUGGGCUGCAUCGAGGUGCUCCGUUCUAUGCGCUCCCUGGAUUUCAACACCCGCACCCAGGUCACCAGGGAAGCAAUCAACCGGCUCCAUGAGGCCGUGCCCGGUGUGCGGGGCUCCUGGAAGAAGAAGGCCCCCAACAAGGCCCUGGCCUCCAUUCUGGGCAAGAGCAACUUGCGUUUCGCCGGCAUGAGCAUCGCCGUCAGCAUCUCCGUGGAUGGACUCAACCUUUCCGUGCCUGCCACCCGCCAGAUUAUCGCCAACCAUCAUAUGCAGUCUAUUUCCUUCGCAUCGGGCGGCGACACGGACAUGACAGAUUACGUGGCCUAUGUCGCUAAGGACCCCAUCAACCAGAGAGCCUGUCACAUCCUGGAGUGCUGUGAUGGCUUGGCGCAGAGUGUCAUCAGCACCGUGGGCCAGGCCUUCGAGCUGCGUUUCAAACAGUACCUGCACAGCCCCCCGACUGUGGUCGUGCCCCCCGAGAGGCUGACGGGCCCCGAGGAGUCGGCCUGGGGGGACGAGGAGGAGAACGAACAUAACUACUACAACAGCAUCCCGGGGAAGGAGCCGCCCCCGGGUGGGCUGGUGGACUCCAGGCUCACCCUCACACAGCCCAGCGCCCUCGGGGCCCUCGGCCAGGGAACCUCCCCAGCUCGAAGAGACACCCGGGGCCUGCAAUGGGAUCUGGGCCCCUCAGCCCCGCCAGGGGACGGCUAUGUGCAGGCGGACGCCCGAGGUCCCCAAGAUUAUGAGGAUCACCUCUAUGUCAACACACAGGGUCUGGAUGGCCUGGAGCUCCUGCGUCCUGAGGACAGUCCCCAGAAGGACCUAUUUGACAUGCGACCCUUUGAGGACGCCCUGAAGCUGCACGAGUGCUCCCUGGUGGCGGUCUCGGCAGCCCCUGUGGCCACGGUCCCCGUGGAGGACCAGUGGCCCAGCCCUCCCACCCGCCGGGCCCCCAUCGCCCCCACGGAGGAACAGCUGCGGCAGGAGCCCUGGUACCACGGCCAGAUGAGCCGUCGGGCUGCAGAGAAACUGCUGCGCGCUGAUGGGGACUUCCUUGUACGUGACAGCGUCACGAACCCAGGGCAGUACGUGCUCACUGGCAUGCACGCUGGGCAGCCCAAGCACCUGCUGCUCGUGGACCCGGAAGGCGUGGUGCGGACCAAGGACGUGCUGUUCGAGAGCAUCAGCCACCUGAUCGACUACCACGUGCAGAACGGGCAGCCCAUCGUGGCCGCCGAGAGCGAGCUGCACCUGCGCGGCGUGGUCAAGCGGGAGCCCUGAGCCGGGGGAUGAUCCUGAG